AUGAUACAAUCGAAUCAUUCAACAUCAGCAUUCAAUUAUUACUCAAAUAAUCAAACUUGUCAACUGUUCUAUUCGAACGUCACUUUCAUCUAUGUCCAAUAUCAACUGAAUACCGUUAUUUUAUUCGUUAAUCAAUCAAAUCUAGCUAUUCAGUUAGCAAGAUCAGUCGUACAACCAACAGUGUGUCCAUCCGCUGUUUGGAAUCCAAAUGGCACCACUGUUGCCGGAUCAGCCAGUGGUAAUAGUGGAUCAUCUUCAUCACAACUCAACAAUCCAUUCGAUAUCGCAGUCGAUUCAGCGCUGAGCGUGUAUGUGGCUGAUUACUUUAACUAUCGUGUCAUGAAAUGGAUUAAUGGUAGUGCUAAUGGUACAGUUGUCGGUCCACAAUUAGGCUACGGCGUCGGUCCAGAUACACAACACUUGUACACUGCCACAGCACUUUAUUUAGAUUCGACGGAGUCAAAUUUGUACAUAGCCGACACGCACAACUGUCGCGUUCUCAAGUGGAAUAUGGUAUCGAACAGUGUCACAGUGGUUGUCGGAGGUUCAGCGUGUGGAUCUUCAUUGAACACUUUUUAUUGGAGUGAUGGGAUAUAUGUUGAUCGGUUCAGCAAUAUCUAUGUUUCAGACUAUAACAAUAAUCGAGUACUCAAGUUUCCUCCUAACUCGACUUCUUCCACACUGAGUGUCAUAGUCGCUGGGACAGGUACUGCAGGUAGUGCGUUGAAUCAACUAAGCACACCCGGUGGUAUUUAUGUUGAUGAAAGUGAUAAUGACACAUUGUACGUUGUUGAUCGCUUGAAUAAUCGAGUGAUGAAAUAUCGUGCUAAUGAUACGAAUGGAACAGUGGUUGCUGGUGGUAAUGGUCUUGGUAGCUCGUUCAACCAAUUGUACGAUC